AUGGCAAUUUUCAGACGGAUACACUUUUGUAUUUUUGUGUAUCUUGUCCAAGUCAUCACAGCUACAGAAGAUUCGUGGUGCGUUGACCAAAACGCAUGCGCAAUGUACUCAAAGACUCACUGUGACUCGUAUGACUGGAUCAACCUUAACUGUCCAAAACUAUGUGGACACUGCGGAACAGAAGAGGCAACUCCAGAAACAGAUAAAGUUGCAAAUUAUUUGGGAGCAACAGCACAGCCGACAGUAAAUCCGCUUAAGGGAUGGGAGAACGCUCCGACUACAGUUCCGGACACUUCCAAGGUGGUUCUGGGCCGCAAUAAUUAUACCUACCCUAAGGUAAAAUACGAAGGUACUGCACCAAUCGUAGCUACGAACGAGAUAGCUAAUGAGACAAUUUACCCGGAAGUCAGUGUACCGACCAAUGGCUCUCCCUUAUAUAAUGUAUAUAACAAGACAGUAGCGUCUGAGAACAUACUUCCGGUGGUACAGGCUGGUGCGACAUCGGGUUCAGAAAUAGGUGUCUACGAUUCGUCGACCCCACAAGAAGCGCUUUCAGCUCACGUGGGAACGAUGGAACCUACCUCAGAGCCUCUUCUCGUUAUGAACGGAAGUGAACUUGUGCCAGUGGAAGAAAUGGAAGUUUUAGAAAUUAAAAAGAAUCCCGACUGGGUUGUGGACAUUCCUUCAGCAGUACAACCAGUUGAAAGCAACGGUGUAGAAAAAAUACGAAUUUCUUUCAUCGAGAAAAACCAGCCUUUGCAAGGUGUAAACGAGGUCUCCUUACAACCAGUACCAGAGGGUAAUAUGGAAAAUAUUAAAAUUUCAUUUCUUGGAAACGAAACAUCUCCUGUAACAGCUGAAGGAAAUGGGAUAAGCUUGGAAGCAACUCCAGCCGAGAAGCAAAACCAAAACAUCAAAAUUUCGUUUGAAACCGAUAAAGAACCAGCGGUUCCCAUUGAGGUCCCUGUAAUGCAUGAAACUCCAAGUCACGUGACUGUGCAAAACUUGACGUUAACGCAGCCGAGUACUGCGCAAUCACUCCCAACGCAGGCUCCUCCCAUGCCCAGCGGUCCUGAUGUAGUGAAUCCUUUUGCGGGAGGAAUUGUGGAUAAGAUUAUCAGCAACGCGACAGCCACAGCAACUCCGCUGACUCCAAAUCAGAAUAUCACCGUGGAUUUUAGACACAACACGGGUACUGGUGUCCCUGUGACCAUGCAACAGCUUCCCGUCGUAGAGCAGAAUGCUACAGCUGAGCCAAACGUUUACGAAACUUGGUGUAAUGACGACCCUGUGUGUGGUAAAUAUACAGAGGCCAGCUGUAACGAGGCGUGGUUGAAAGUUAACUGCCCCAAGAAAUGCAAAAUAUGCGGCAAUGAAACAACUUCAACACUUACGACACCUCAACAAGCAGUGACAACAAAUAACACAACAAAUAACGCAACAGAGAAACCGUACACGGAGCUGUCUGUCACAGUACCCUCUGAGGUCACAAAAUCAUUGGAGACAUCACGAAAGCCUGUUUUAGUAAACAUUAAAGGUGAAAAUGGGAAACCGGCGUUGGAGGACCAGGUGUCAAACAAACUGAAGACGAACAUAAAGCUAAGAUUAAAGUAA